AAUUACAAGCCAAGAAAAAGUUGAAAAGUGCCCAUUGUCCAACAUGUCAAAAGAAACCAUUGAAGUUAGUUGAGCAAAGAGAAUAAGAGGGAAACAAAAGAGAAACAAAAUCAAAACAGCCCUGCCAUCACCAUGAAAGGAAGAAAAACCAAAGGAGCUCCUUCAGCAGAUUUGCUAGUAUGUUUCCCAUCUCGAUCCCGUUUAACCUUAAUGCCUAAGCCCAUUUCUAGUCCAGCAAGGCCAUCGGAACCCGACAUCCGCCACCACAAUCACCGCCAUCACCACCACCCUCUCAUUAAGAGAUCAAGAACCAGGAAUGGUAGUGGAGUAGGCUUAGCUAGCCCUCUUCUAUGGGCAAACAACAAGCAAAUGAGACCCGAGAUCACGGAACCGUCUUCCCCUAAAGUCACCUGCGCCGGGCAGAUCAAAGUCAGGUCUAAAACCACCUCAUGCAAAACCUGGCAAUCAGUGAUGGAAGAGAUUGAAAGGAUUCACAACAGCAGGCGUCACAAGAAGAGACCCGGUUGGAUCGAGUCCCUUGGUUUUAAAAAGGAAGUGAUGCAGUUCUUUACCUGUUUGCGGAGCAUCCGUUUCGAUUUUCGAUGUUUCAGGUCAUUCCCUCAAUCCGAUAUCACUACCGAAGAUGAUGAUGACGAAGAUGAAGAAUCUCAAGAAAACCAUAACCAUAUCCAUGAUGAUGACAAGGAGGCAUCGAGAACCGUAUUCUCGAAAUGGUUCAUGGUGCUUCAAGAGAAUCAAAACGACGGACUUUUAAAAGAAGAAAAGGGGAAGUCCCAUGACGUUGACGUUGUUGAUGAUGAUGCUCAAACUGCAGUUCCACCUCCAAAUGCCCUCUUGCUUAUGCGCUGUAGGUCAGCUCCUGCUAAAAGUUGGUUAAAAGAGAACGUUAAAGAUGAAGAAAACAUACAAAACGAUGAUGAAGAAGAAGAAUGCAAGAAGAAAUGUGAGAAGAAAACAAAGAAUUUAAGGUCAUUAAUGGAAGAAGAAAACAGAAAGACAACAACACAAAGCUUGGUGGUGAUGAAGUACGACCUUGGUUUCUACAAAACUUGUUCUUCUGAUACAGCCAAAGAGACAUGGGUUGUUGGUGGAUUCAAAGAUCCAUUAUCUCGAAGUCGAAGUUGGAAGAGAUGAUUGGCUUUUUUCUCUCUUUUUCUGUGCUUUAUUUUGAACAUUUUCUCCUACUUGUAUCUGAGUUCUUUUCUAGGAGGAACUGAGAAUUGGAGAACUUAAUCACCACCUAUAGUUUUCCAUUUGAUUAGUGAUAAUAUAUUUUCCAUUUCUAUUGUAUGAUUUGAAUGUUUGUAGUUUCUAUCAUGAAAUCUGUACAGCUUUCCACUUCUUUUCCAUAGGAAAAGAUUUUGCUGCCAUUGUACAUUAAUUGUUCUUACAUCCCUGAAUUCUGAACCUUUAUUUUUCUUUUGAUUUUUAUCCAAUAAUGUAUAAAUUUCUA